CCUUGCUUAAUAUAGAUCCCACAUGAGCUGAGCUAUAGUCACUCACUCCCAGCAGCUCAACCAACACCAUUGAGUGAAAAAAUCUCUCAAGAGUGGGUUGGCUGGUGUUUGCAUACUGAUUCCUUCUUUAAAAAAAAAUCAUAUUGGAUUAUUUCUUCUUUUCUGGUGAUCUAGAAACAGAUAGAAAAAAUAAAUGAUGUCGGAGCACAGCAGGAAUUCAGAGCAAGAAGACACCCUUAGUGAGGAGCUUGAUGAAGAUGAAAUCUUGGCCAACUUAUCCCCUGAAGAGCUGAAGGAACUGCAGUCAGAGAUGGAAGUCAUGGCCCCUGACCCCCACCUUCCUGUGGGGAUGAUCCAAAAAGAUCAAACUGACAAGGCUCCUACAGGAAACUUUGACCAUAAGUCUCUCGUCGAUUACAUGUAUUUGCAAAAGGCAUCUAGACGCAUGCUGGAAGAUGAACGGGUUCCUGUCAGUUUUGUGCAGUCUGAGGAAAACACUCAAAAACAACAUGAAGUAAGAGACAAAGGCAUUAAAAGCAUGCCCCAGUUUUUAAAAGAAAAGCUCAACAGUGAAAUCCUUGCAAAGAAAAGAGAAUCAAAUGGGAGCAAUAAUGUACAAGAAACAGAAGAUAACGAUGAAGAUGAAGAAGAGGAGGAUGAAGAUGAAGAAGAUGAUGAAGAAGAGGAUGAUGAAGAUGAAGAGGAUGAAGUUGGUGAACAAACCAACAGAGAAAAGAACGAAGCAAAGGAACAAGGCCACAACAAUCUGGGCACCUGCCAGCAGCCGGCUAGUAAAUCACCUGAAGAGCAAAAAGACACACCAGAGACCAAAGAAAAGAGUGAGAAGAAAAUAGCCAAAUUAGACCCUAAGAAGUUAGCUCUAGAUACCAGUUUUCUGAAGGUAAGUGCAAGGCCGUCAGGGAACCAGACAGACCUGGAUGGAAGUUUGAGACGAGUGAGACAGAAUGACCCUGACAUGAAGGAACUCAACCUGAACAACAUUGAAAACAUCCCUAAAGAAAUGUUACUGGACUUUGUCAAUGCAAUGAAGAAAAACAAACACAUCAAAAGCUUCAGCUUAGCCAACGUCGGUGCUGAUGAGAGCGUAGCGUUCGCCUUGGCCAACAUGCUGCGCGAAAAUAGGAGCAUCACCACCCUCAAUAUCGAGUCCAACUUCAUCACCGGGAAGGGCAUCGUGGCCAUCAUGAGGUGCCUCCAGUUCAAUGAAACGUUGACUGAACUUCGGUUUCACAACCAGAGGCAUAUGCUGGGCCACCACGCCGAAAUGGAAAUCUCGAGGCUUCUGAAGGCCAACAACACUCUGUUGAAGAUGGGCUACCAUUUCGAGCUUCCUGGUCCCAGAAUGGUGGUAACGAAUCUGCUUACCAGGAACCAGGAUAAACGGAGGCAGAAAAGACAGGAAGAACAGCAGCAGCAGCAACUUAAAGAGCAGAGAAAGCUGAUAGCUAUGUUGGAGAAUGGGUUGGGGCUGCCCCCUGGGAUGUGGGAGAGGUUGGGAGGACCCAUGCCGGAUCCCAGAAUGCAGGAGUUCUUCCAGCCUUCAUCCGGGCGGCCCCUCGAUGCUCAGGAAGUCCCCUUUGGUGCAAGAAAAGAAAUGAUCAAAAAUCCGCCCCAACCUCCACAGUGCAAGACAGACCCCGACUCCUUCAGGGUGGUAAAGCUGAAGAGAAUUCAGCGCAAAUCUCGAAUGCCGGAAGCCAGAGAGGCACAGGAGAAAACCAACCUCAAAGAUGUCAUCAAAACGCUCAAGCCAGUGCCUAGAAAUAGGCCGCCUCCGCUGGUGGAAAUCACUCCCAGAGACCAGCUCUUGAAUGACAUCCGACACAGCAAUGUUGCCUACCUUAAACCUGUACAACUGCCGAAGGAGCUGGAGUAAGAGGCAGCAGAGUCAUCUAGAACAGCAAGGUCAGAGCCGGAGGCUGUUUCAAGAACAGUGCAGGGGACAGAACUGGGACCGUGGCUCCAACCAGGCUGUGAGAAGACUCAGGCCCAAGAGGAAAGGAAGGAUACAGAAUAUCGAUGUUCACAGGCAACACAUUUUUCUUCUCAGAGUUGGACCGCCUUGGGUGAAAAUUGUAGCUUCUAGAAGAAGCAGAAGCUAACCUCGUUUGGUAAACACUUUACUAUUGUUCUCUUCUAGUGAAUAACAAUAAAUAUGAUGGAAGUGUUAACUGUCGAGUCUACACCCACUCCCAUUUUUUUUCCUCCUCCCAUCUCCUCAGUCAUCACUACAUGGCAUCUGAAAGGGAAUAAAUCAUGUGAAGUGAGUGCCUGGCAGGCCUUCUGCAGCUUUUUGGAAUAAAGGACUCUUUGCUAGUUCUCAAAGAACAGAGAAAAUCCCUUCUCUCACUCUGCUCAUCACUGGUCUCACCGCUGUUACAAAAUACCCAACCAAAGCUACUCAAGGAAGAGGCUAAGGUAGCUGGUCACAUUAGUCACAGGAGGCAGAGGGAGAUGGAUGCGGUAUUCAGUGCCAUCCUCUCAUGAAGUGUGGUCUAGGACCCCAGGCUAGAGAUGCUUCCAUCCACAUUCAGGGUUAGUCUUCUCUCCUCAGUUCAGCCUCUCUAGAAAGCUCCCCAAGAUGUGCCCACAGCUGAGUCUCCUAGGUGAUUCUAAAUCCAGAUACGCUAUCAGCCUGAACUCUGCUCAGUGUCCUUGCUGACUCCCUGAGGUCUUGAAGUAUACUGAUGGAGUAUACAUUCUGAUACAGAUGUCUGUUAGGAGCCAAGCCUGCAAGAACAGACUGUGGGGAAAACAGAGCGUGACCAGAAAAAGUGAGGAGCAAAGCAAACCCCUCACACGUACAAGUACCCUGCUGUGAUUCCAAUCUUAGGGACAGCUACAGACACCAUGCUGUUUUACAGACAAAAACGUGGGGGUGAUAAAUAAUACAGUAAUUGGCAAAGUUUUGCACACACACACACACACACACAAAAACACACAUACACGUUUAAUCUGAGUCUCUUUAAAACCCCUCUAAAGGGAGCAUGUCUACAGGAUUAAACACCUCAUCCUCCACUUCAGAUACCCUGUCACCUGGCCCUGAUGAACCGAUCCAUCCUCUUCCCUUGAAAGUCUUAAGUUGCUCCUGAGAGAACAUCCUCUUACACACCCAGUGUGUCUGUCCUCUUUGACUUUUCCACGGAAAAACCUAAGACAUCCACCAUCUAUGAAGGGCCUAUCCAAUCUCCCAACCACAUGGCAGGUUCCAGCCCCUCUGUAGAAACAUUCCCAACAGCUCCAAGCCUUUUCCUUCCCUCCUUCCAAGUUUCCACAGUUCUUAGCAUUAUAGUUAGGAGAUGCACAGAACUUGAUAUACUGUAAUAAAAUUUCUAAAUUUGUAAACAUUUUUUUUAAGUAAUAAGAAUACAGGAAUUAGGAAAUCAAGUUUUGGUGAUUUUCUGGGUUUUUUGGCCUUUUUGUUUGUUUUGUUUUGGUUUUUGAGACAGGGUUUCUCUGAGUAGCUUUGACUGUCCUGAAAUUUGCUCUGUAGACCAGGCUGGCCUUGAACUCAUGGAUCUGGCUGUCUGCCUCCUAAGCGCUUAGAUUAAAAGUGUGUACUGCCA